GUCGGAGUGGCCAUGGAGUCCCGUGUUGAUCUCUAUUACUGUAUACCAGUAACGAACCCUGGGAUUGGCCAGGCAGUGGAUUCAGGGUGGAAGAGACCCACCUGAAUGACUGGCCAGAUGCUGCAAUCCCAGACAGUCGCCCAUUGCUGGUCGGGGAGGCUUGGUGGACAGAAAGCGGAUCGACACAAUGCGCGGCUGUGAGUGUCACGGAGCAGAUGGCUACGCCUUAAGUCGGUCCUCUGCCCAUGGAAGUGCAGUUGACUAACUCUCCUCGAUUCCUCCACAAACUUCAAUGUUGUCAGCCUUAUAGGUCGCCAGCAUCGUUUGCAACUACUCAUGCCCGGUUCCUCCCCGCAGGAUGCGCCACAAAGGUAUUAGCGGGCGGCUCGCGAUGCUGUCACUCUCUGUCGUGUUUGUUCUCUGGUAUCGCGACACAUUGGCAGAAAUGUUCGGGCCGGCCCAGAGUCUCUUCCCUGCCUCUGACCGAGGCACACAUCCCCAAGCCACCGUGACGCAACCUGCAACACCUCCACAGCAGGCGUCUGUACAUGAUACUUGCGGGGGCGGGCCUGGCGAAGACUUCGGCGUCGCGGCACCCCAGACGUUGGAGAACGUGGACGACUUCGUCCGGGCCAUUUUUGAUCCUGCCGAUGCGACCUUUGAGCGGCUUGCGUGCCCUGUGCCGCCACCUUCAGUCUUGGCACGCUACGAAACACUGAGCUCUGCAGCCAAUACGCGUCGCAACACGGCUCUCAAGAUCUUCAAAUAUUACUUUGCCCUGGAUGUGACCCAGGUUGUUGAUCUCUUGCCCCGGCUUGUCGGAAGUGUCGUGGAGGCAAUCCGCUUCCUUGGCCCCCAGCACUGCGUCCUCUCAAUCGUCGGGGGGAACAGCGAUGAUGGAACCACCUUGGUGCUUGAUGCAAUACGGCCCGAGCUCGACGCCUUGGGGAUCGGCCGCUACUUCUUCGAAACCAGCAGUGUCGAUCCCCCGGACGGGCCCCCGGACGGGCAUGACCAACGGCAGCCAAGUUCGGCCAAUAUGAGGAACCUUGUGUUGAAGCCCAUGCUCGAUAAUAGACGCCUAUACUCGGAAGAUACAACCAUCAUCUUUCUGAACGACGUCGCUAUCUGCAUGGAGGAUAUACUCGAGCUGGCCUAUCAGCGGAUCCACCUGGGCGCUGACAUGACAUGUGCAAUGGAUUGGAACUCUGCCGGACGAGACCCCAUAUACUACGAUGUCUGGGGCUCGCGGACGUUGACGGGCGAAUCCUUCUCCAGAGACCCAGAGGGCAAGGGGAGUUGGGACGAGGCUUGGAAUCUUUUCUGGAACGAUUAUGAGACAAAAAGUCGAUACAGCACCCGCCUGCCCUUUCAGGUGUUCAGCUGCUGGAGCGGUGCGGUCACCUUAACGGCAGACCCUAUUCUGUACGGGGACCUGGGUUUCAGGAAUCCUGACUCAGAAGAAUGUUUCCAUGAAGGGCCGGCUCUGUUCUGCAAGGACCUGUGGUAUAAGGGCUGGGGCAAGAUUUCUGUCGUGCCCAGUGUUAGUCUCGAGCACUCGACUGAUCAGGGCAGGUCACUCAAGGCUCUGAAAGGCUACACCUCGACAUGGGUCGGGCCGGAACAAGACGAGAAAUCCAAGAUCAGGUGGCAACAACUUCCGCCGGAACAGGUGAAAUGCAUGAAGGAUGGGGGCGCCAGAUUGGAGGCCCUGGAAGAGACUGGGACCGGAUCGUCGCUGUGGUCGCGGAAGGCCAAGAGAUGGAACCGAAAGCAUCAGAGACGGUGA